ACAAUUUUCCACGGAAAAUACAUAGAAAACACAACAUUGGAACAACAGGAAAAGGGAAGAUUUCAAGAUGGAUAUUGGAAAGGACAUAAGCAAGAAAAUCAGGUCCGCAAUUAAAGCUAAGCUGAUCGAACUUGGAGCUUAUGUUGAUGAUGAAUUGCCAGAUUACAUCAUGGUAAUGGUGGCAAAUAAGAAAAGUCAGACUCAGAUGACUGAAGACCUGGGUCUUUUUCUAAGUUCCAACACAGAAAAAUUCACAUCUUGGUUGAAUGGACUGUUGGAUAAACUGCAAACAUUGGGAACAGAUAAACAGAAAAGUCAAGAGCUAGAGAAAUCAGAGACAGAAAGCAUGAACCAGCAAAAUGUUGUGAAGAAAAAGAAAAUUCCCGAAAAGACUGACAAAUCUGUCACAGAAAAAACUGUUACAAAGGAAAAAAAUGUUACAAAAGGGCCAAAAUCUUUUGCUGCAAAAACGCACAAGGCAAUCAAAGAUGCAAAAAAGAUCAAGGGUGAUGAAGAAUAUGUUCCUUUACUUCUUGACAAGUCGGAAACUGAUGAAUUUAGUGAGGAAUUUAAGCCAGAGGAGAUCAAGGGUAAUAAGAAGACCAGUGAGGUUUCUACACCCAGUACUGGUCAGAUAAAGACAUCAUCCAAAGUCUCACCUACCACAAAAACAAAUCCCACGUCAACAGCCAGUGCUGAAGUCAAACCUUCUGUCAAGUCUUCUGGAGACACAACUUACAUUCGGUCAGUGAUGGUUAAGCCUUCAGUGACUAAACGAUUAGGGUCAGUGCACAGCCGAAUUGGACAAGUGCCAAAGGCCAUGGCAGUACCAGUGAAACGGGCAGCAUCAGAAACACAGAGACAGGUGUCUCCAGUAAAGCGAAAGCAGCCUAUGUCAGUUGUGGGGAAUGUCAAGCGAAAGUUUACUGAGUUUGAGGAGGAAGAAUAUGAUCCCUACAAUCCUGCUGUGGGUAGUGUGGCCAGUGUUAUUAGAGUCACAGACAGAAAGUCCAGUGUGCCAGCAGCUCUACAGGCAAACAAAUCCCUUCUAGUCAAAGCAGUCAGUGCAGCAGAAAAGUCUGUAUCGUCCAAAAUGCAGGAAAUACUCCAAGAACGGAAAUUAUAUAGUGAGAAAGAGAGUGCUACUGUGCAACCAUUCCAAAGGACAUCUCGGUCUAACAGUGGGCCUGGAGACAGUGUACCCCACAUAAGUAAAACUGCAGGAGUGAUCCCUGUCAAAUCUAGGACUGGACCUCAGAAACACAGGAGUAGGGAGGUGGCAAGUCCUGUGGCCAAGGUGGCUGGAGGAGUCAAAAGUAGGGUAGGGGUUCGGGCAUUGCCACGCCAGAGUGAGGCUCACAUGGACAUGGUCAGCCCAAUGAAAGUAACAUUAAGCAGUGGAUUUAAGCCUAAGUCUAAUUUACAGCUGGUGUCUCAGGCAUCGAGAGAGAAGAGAAUGUUCAGAGAUCUGAGAUACACCAUUGAAAAUGACACAGAAAAAGUCAAGAAAGUACCAGAAGUAGCUCGCGUCCCGCCAGUGAUGGACAGUCGACGGGUCCAAUGUGUACCUGUGCAAGAGGAGACUGGAGUAGAAAGCGAGGAAAAGGAAGAAACAUUAACUAACUCAGACGAAGAAAUCUUUGUAGGGAAAGUUGGAAUAACUUCAGAGGAUGAAGCUGAGGAGUAUGAGAGCAAUCCAGAUGUGGUUGCAGAUCAGAAUGUAGAAGAAAAUGGCAAUAUCAUUGGUAAUACAGACAUGUCUCAGGUUGUUGACGAGGAUAACGAUGACCUUGAUCUGUUAGUGGAGGAAGUGGAAUAUACGACAGAACCUGUUGAUAGGGGCCAAGUGGACAAAAGAAGGUUUAUACAACAGAGAACUGCACCAGAAAUGGCUAGCAAUACAAAGUUUAUAGUGACACUGGAUGGUGUAGAUCAUGAUAAGUACGAGAUAGCGAUGGAAAAAUUGGAUGAGGAGUCUGAUAUGGUUACUCAGGGUAUGGCAGAACAGUCUGUGAACGUCGUACAACGUGUGAACCCAAUUUUAUCAAACGUCUACAAACAAAAGCUAGUCACACCUCCACAAGUGAACCUUGUGGCAACAAAAAAGCCAGAGUCAAGACCUCCUGCAAUAGGGCCAAUUUCUAUCAACCUCCACGACACAGAUGAGGAAGAAGAGAUGGAAGUUGAAGAUGCUGAAGAUAGCCCAUUGAAGAAAGCUAAGAUGACAGAGAGAUGUAGAUUCUGGCCAGCCUGUGUGAAUGGUAAUGCCUGCACCUAUCAUCAUCCUACUGUUCCUUGCAAAAUGUUUCCACAGUGCAAAUUUGGUGACCGGUGUUUGUUUAUUCAUCCGAAUUGUAAGUUUGAUGCAAAGUGUACACGAAAAGACUGUCCUUAUACCCACGCUAGUAAACGAGGUACCAUUGCCACCACAGUUAUACAAAAAAUUGUUCCAGUAGCCAUUCCUGCACCAGGUCCCACUCCAAUUCGUCCAACAUACAUGCCAAAGAUGCCAUCUACAUCUGCAGUCACUUGUAAAUUUUAUCCUAACUGUAAAAACAUGUCCUGUCCAUUUCCUCAUCCAACACCUUGUAGAUUUGGUAUGUCCUGUAUGAAGAAGGCUCAGUGUGCUUUCUAUCAUCCUGCACUUCCAACUAAAGACAAGCUUAAAUGGACAGCCUGUAAAACAUCAGAUGACCAUAUAAGUGAAAGAAGAUUUGAUUCACCAGCAGUAGACAAACAGUUUCCCACAAAGAUCAGAUAACCACUGCCAUAAAAGAAAACUGAAGUUAUUUAUUGGAAAAGGCCAAGAAUGGAGUUAGGAAUUUUAUUGUUUAAGUCAUACAAAGGCAGCUGACUGGUACUUCUUCACUGUGGAUGUAUAGUGUGAACUGUCCAGCUGUAACUCUUAGUAUUAUUAAACCUGAAAAUAUCUGUGAACUUCAGACUUACUGGAAAUAAAGUCUGUUAUUGUUGAAACUCAAGAUAAACUUAGGAUUUCAGACUAACUGGAUUCAACAAAUAAUUAUUUUAUUGUUACAACUGGAGAUCAACUGUUAACUUCAGACAAACUGGAUUCAGAGUCAACUAAUUGUUUGAAAUUGAGAUAGGAUGCUUACUUUACACAGUGUACUAGUACAGCACUCUCACGUAAGAAAUUAGAACCUUAAAGGAGGAGCCAUUGUCCUUGGUGUGUUGCCGUUGACUUUUAAGUGCAAAAUUAAUGUAUCUAGUCGAACUUAGACCGUUAAAUUAACUUGAUAUAGCAUUAUGAUUUGAAGGGUAAAAUCUGAUUUGUUUCAAUGUUGUCAACAAUUUCAGUUCCACAAAUGCAUUAUUUUUCAUUAUCUUGACAGCAAAUUCAAAGGACAUGGGAAUAUCACACAAUGUAUGACUCUGAUAACAAAGGCACCUCUGAUAUCUUAAGCACAAAUUUGAGAAGACAUCAUAGUGUCUUUAUAUAAAACAGGGACACAGCUAUUAAAUCAACACCACACAGCAAUAGAUCUUUUACUUGUCAUAGGACUUAGUUGGUUUUUUAACCGUUGACUUUGACUGUAUCUUUAUGUAAUUGUUAUGUUAUUGAUCGGCUUAACAUGUCAGUAGCUUGAUUUUUUUCCUCUGAUAUUAGAACUUUUAAUAUUUCUUAAUUCGAUGGUUUUCAAUAAUGAUUGAACUUAAUUAUGCCAAAUUUUGAAUGUUGUUUGGUCUAGUAAUUGAUUAUUUUUUUACCAUUGAAUGUUUCGAUAAACAUCCAGAACACAUCAGUGGAAAAAUUCAAAAUUGAUAAAGCUGGGGUUAAAUAUGAACAAAGGAAAUGGUUAUUUGGUCUUGAAGGGGAAAAUUAUGAAAAAGACACCAAUCUGGAACCUCUUACCUUUAUCAAAGUGUUGUCUUGUAAAGCUUUCCUGUAUUCAUAUUUUGCCUUGCUUUAUUGUUUUAGAAAAGAAGUACUCGUUUGCUGUGUCUUUACUUGUAUUUUUGUUAAAUACAGUUAUUGUAAAGGCUUUUAUGUUGUUCUGUCAUGGCAAAAAACUCAUAAGUAAUUGUAAAACUUAUCUACAUUCUUGAAAAUUGAAAAUUUUACUAGAGAGAGAUAGAAUAUUAUUUCUUUAUGUCUACAAUACAUCAUGAAAACAUCAUAAAUCCAGGAAAUGUUUGCUUUUAGCUAGAAUUUAGUUCAGUAUUGAUGAGGUGAAAAAUCUUGUAUGUUCAUGUACCCAUUUAUCGUGUGUCAUCUUUGAAGUUUUAACAUCUUUGACAUGGGUAAUGUCAUUCUUGUAUUUUGAAUCAGAGAUCCUAUGUGCAGGAUCAGACUAGUCAGCUUGUAACCUCUGUAAGGUGUUGUGCACAACAGUUUGAUUUUGUAAAAACAUGAUCCAGUGUUACAGUUUAUUUUGAAGAUGUAGGCUUCAUUGUGCUUUUUAUUAUUUCUAGUUGCAUUUCAAUGCCAUUUUGAUAUUAAGUCUGUGACAGUGUAAAAAUGAACUUUGAAAUUGAAAAAAUCAUUUCAAGUUAUUAUUGCGAGAGUUAAGCAAUUGAUUAAAGUUGGCCCCACUUUAUGAUAUAUAGUGUUAAAUGUUUUUAUAUGACAUGUUGGUGUAAUAUCAAAUUUGUCUGGUACAUUCUUGUCAAACAUGAAAAUGAAAUAAUGGUGCUGAUAUGUCAAUAGAGGCUUAUCUAAUGUUUGUUGAGAAUAAGCAUUGAUAUUGUAUGAAAAGAAGAACACUCAAAUUCAACAGUAAACAGAUUGCUGAAAUUUCAUUUCGUUGUAUUCUUCCUGGAGACGUCAAUUUGCUCAGAGUGCAUAAGGAAAGGGUUUAGAUAUGUUGCUAGAACACAGGAUAAUUUACCUGUGAUGUAUAUAGUUCUGCGUACAUGAUGAAUAUCUUGUCACUGAAACUUUGGUUUAGCAUUUUUCAUUCAUGUUAAUGGAGCUUUGGAUAACAUAACAAAGGCUAUAUGAACAGCUGUACAGGUAAUUAACACCAGACAUUGGUUCUACUGAAAAAUAUUUUUUUCAUUUUUUUUUUGUUCAGUAGAAAACUUAUGGAUUCAUAUAUUCUCAUGUUUCUUGCAAAACUGUCAGGCAUUCUUAUACCUUUUUAUGCUCUUCAUCUUGAAAGUAAACAGGAGAGUUUUGAAUUGAAGCAUAUAUAUUUAUUGAUAAAAAUAA